AUGACUUCAGUCGACAUUGAUAUACUUAAUAAUAUUUGUAUUUAUCUUCAUCGAUAUAUAAGUCCUAUUUUAUAUAUUAUUGGUAAUUAUGGUACUAUUGUAAGUGUUAUAAUAUUUUUUAAAAAAUCAUGGAAAAAAAAUGUUUGUGUAUUUUAUUUUCUUAUUUGUCUUCUAAUUAAUUUCGGAUAUAUAAAUUCUACUUUAAUUGAUUCGAUUUUUACCCAGGGUUACAAUAUUUAUCUACAUAAUUCAAGUAUUAUUUUGUGUAAAAUAUCUUAUUAUGUUACAUUUCUUUUUGGUUCAUUGUUUCCGAAUAAUAUUAUUUUAGCAUCGAUCGAUCGUCUAUUAAUAUCUUCUCAAAAUACAGAUACACGUUUAUAUAGUUCAAAACGUUUAGCUUAUUUUUCGAUUAGUACAAGUACAUUCUUAUGGAUUAUUUUCUAUAUACAUGUACUUAUAAAAAUCAAUAUAUAUGAAAUAUAUCCAUUUGUAUUUAUUUGUUACUAUGAAACUUCGGGAUUUUAUUUUGAAUUUAUUUCCUAUUCAAAUUUUAUUAUUGUAAUUUGUUUUUCUAUUAUAUUAAUUAUUUUAUCUAUUUUAACAUUUAAAAAUGUUCGAGAUAUUCGAACUGUUUCACGUCAACAGCGACAUCAAUUUCGAACGAUGAAUAAAAAAGAUUUUCAAUUACUUCGUUGUCUUUACAUUCAUAAUAUUGUAUUUAUUAUAUUUAAUAUAUUUCCAUCUGCGUAUUAUGUAUAUUUAGCAGCAACAAAAAGUCAAACACGUACAUUGUAUCAACAAGCAAUAGAUAAUUUUCUAAAUGGUUUUAGUAUUUUUCUUCAUCAUAUUCCGUAUUGUACAAGUUUUUUCAUAUUUCUUUGUGUAUCGAAAGCUUUUCGUCAGGAAAUCAAACGAUUGAUAUAUAAAAUGUGUGGUAAACAAUUAAGAUUACAACGAGAAGAUGAAAAUAGACAGGGAAAUAAUAGAGAAUUAAAUGUUGUUAGUAUUGUUGAACUACCAUUUUGA